GGCAAGACCCUCAUCGCUCUUCAGAUUCAGCUGUUGUCAGAGAUGCAGCGGCCGCGCGCAGACAUGAUGCUGGUCAGGAGAAAAUACAAGAGAUACUCCAAACACAAAAUGACCUACCUGGGUCUGAUCGCACAUGUCAUUCAAAACGCUCCUGAGAAGAAACUGACGUUUUACGAGUUAAUGAAAGCGGUGGCGAUAUUUGUGGAUGGCGACAGAAAAGGCCUUGAGAAUAAUAUCAGAGUCUGUUUAUCAUCGAACAGGUGCUUUGUAAAGGUGCCUGUGAAUCCGGAGUGCCCAAAUGCAAAGCGCAACUUUUGGAAAGUGGAUGAAAGUAAAUUCACUCCGAAGAUACUGCGACGACACUUCAGUGCUUUGCGCGACGUCCUCCCUGACUCUUAUGAAAGCAUGGAAAUGUCUUCUGUGAAGAAUGAAACGAAAAACCGGGCGAGCUUCAAACGCCCCGAGGCUGAAAAGAAGUUUAUCAGCUCGUUUUCAAUAGAGUCCCUCUUGCAGAGGGAAAGCAGCGCCCCCCUGAGGAACACACAUGUACUUUCUGAAACUAGGAACCUGGAAAACCAGUUUGUGGGCCUCGCAGAUGGACAUCCUGUUAGGGCAUUCAAGAGGAAAACAUGCGACUGGCCCCAUCAGACUUCAUACGCCGAUUUUAGUGGAUCAUAUUCACACGUUUACUUUCCUACUUACAGUUUAGGACAAAUGAAUGAUGGCUGCUGUCCCUCCAGUGGAUCCUCCAAUAGGAUGUGCUCAUUUUCUAACCUGUCCUAUUGUUCCGCAUCUGAGAGCAUCAGGCAGUUCACCUCAAAUGUAAACUGGGCCUACAUGUAAACUGCACUUACUUUUCUUCGUGUUCAUAUCUUACUGAUUUAUUUUGCAUUGUUGAAAACAUCUGCCAACUUCUUAUUUUCCAAAUAAAACAUCACAGUUUGUUUUUAAA